AUGUCUACCCAGAAAGCAGUCGUCAUCACCAGCCCCAAGCAGGCGAACUUGGUUACCGACCGUCCCAUUCCCAAGCUGCGCGAUGACUACAUUCUCAUCAAGACCGUCAGUGUGGCCCUGAACCCCACAGAUUGGAAGCACAUCGACUACCUGGCUCCUCCUGGUGUGCUAGUCGGCUGCGACUAUGCCGGUAUCGUCGAGGAAGUUGGCAAGGCCGUCAAGAAGCCCUUCAAGAAGGGUGACAGAGUCUGCGGGUUUGCUCACGGCUCCAACGCCGUGCAGCCCGAGGACGGUACUUUUGCCGAGUACAUCGUCGCCAAGGGCGAUCUGCAAAUCCACAUCCCCGAUAAUCUGAGCUUCCAGGAAGCCGCCACGCUGGGCGUCGGUAUCACCACCGUCGGCCAAUCGCUCUAUCAGUCUCUCAAGCUCAAUUGGCCAACAGAGCCGAUCAAGGACGCUCAGCCUCUCUUGAUCUAUGGCGGUUCCACUGCCACGGGUGCCCUGGCUAUUCAGUUUGCCAAAUUGUCGGGCUACCGGGUGCUGACGACGUGCUCGCCGCGCAACUUUGACCUCGUCAAGAGUCUGGGCGCCGAUGCGGUGUAUGACUACAACGACCCCAACGCUGCGGCGGAGAUCCGCAAGGCCACCGACAACAAGCUCAAGUAUGUGCUGGACACGAUCUCGCUAGAGUCGAGCGCCAAGUUCUGCGACGAGGCGCUGAGCACCGAGGGAGGAGAGUACACUGCUCUUCUGAUUGUUCCCAUUAAGCGCGAAAAUGUCAACGAUCGCUGGACGCUCGGAUACUCUGCCGUCGGCGAGAAGUUCAUGUUUGGCGACAAAGAAUUCCCUGCGAAGCCGGAAGACUUUGAGUUUGCGAGCAAGUUUUGGGCUGUCGCUGAGAAGUUGCUGGCAGAGGGGAAGGUGAAGCCGCACCGGCCCAAGGUGUGUCCGGAUGGACUGAAGGGUGUUCUGAAUGGCCUGCAGCUCAUGAGAGAGGGCAAGGUCAGCGGAGAAAAGUUGGUGUACAAUGUUGCUGAGACGCCUUGA